AUGCGGAACAAGACAUUGUUCAAUUGCAAAGUGAGAGGCAUGAAAGUAUUGAAAACGUUGAAGAGUAAACAUCAAACCCUCAUUUCACGCCUGAACAUGAAUGAAUACUUAUCUAGCGUUUAUUAUGAUCCUAAACGACCUGGAGGGUUUGGUGGAGUGAAUCGUUUGUAUGAUGAUGUUAAAAACGCAGGAAAAUUUAGAAUAAGCCGGAAAAAAAUCAAGCAAUGGUUAAUGGAACAGGACACAUACACUUUGCAUAAGCCUCUUCAUCGUAAUUUUAAACGAAAUCGCACAAUCAUGGGUGGUAUUGAUCAGUUUUGGCAGAUGGAUUUGGCAGAUUUACAAUCCAUACAGAAAUUUAAUGAUGGAUAUCGAUAUCUCCUUGUAUGUAUUGAUGUCUUCUCCAAAUACGCCUGGGUUAUUUCAUUGAAAAAUAAAACAGGCCCUUCCCUGGUGGAAGCUUUUAAAAUUAUUCUCUCUUCUGGACUUAAACCUGAAAAAAUUAUGACUGACCAAGGAACGAAGUUUUUGAACAGACAUUUUCGAGCCUUGAAGAAUGAAGAAGAUAUUGAGUUGUACAAUGCCUAUAACGAAACCAAGGCCUCGAUCGUAGAACGCUUGAUUUGUACUUUGAGCGCAAAAAUGUGGCGGUAUUUUACAGUGAAGAAAACCAUGAGAUACAUUGACAUGCUGCCAGAUUUAGUUAAUUCUUACAAUCAUAGUGUUCAUCGUAGCAUUAAGAUGAAGCCUGCGGAUGUUAGCAUUGAAACGAAAAGAAAGUACGGCAUAGUUUGUAUGACGAUCAUAAUGUUGGAAAAAAUGUAA